AUGGCCGACAGGAUACGCAGCGCCGCCAUCAAGCGCGACACGAAUGAGACAAAGAUCCUACUGAGCAUCAACCUCGACGGCGGUGCUCUCGAGCCCGUUGGCGACGAGGCCAACGGCGACGAUGUUCAGGGCCACGCCGCCCAGGCAUCCAAGAGCCAGCACAUCGACAUCGACUCGGGCAUUGGCUUCCUCGACCACAUGCUUCACGCCCUGGCCAAGCACGCCGGCUGGUCGCUGAAGCUGCGCUGCCGCGGAGACCUGCACAUCGACGACCACCACACGGCCGAAGACACGUGCAUCGCGCUGGGCCAGGCGUUCAAGCAGGCGCUGGGCGGCACGACGGGCCUGGCGCGCUUCGGCAGCGCCUACUGCCCGCUCGACGAGGCGCUGUCGCGCGCCGUCAUCGACCUGUCCAACCGGCCCUACUCGGUCAUCGACCUCGGCCUGCGCCGCGAGAAGAUUGGUGACCUGUCGUGCGAGAUGAUUCCCCACUGCCUGCAGAGCUUCGCCCAGGGUGCCGCCGUCACCCUGCACGUCCAUUGCCUGCACGGCGAGAACGACCACCACAGGGCCGAGAGCGCGUUCAAGGCGCUGGCUGUCGCGACCAGGCAGGCGACGACUAGGGUGAAGGGUAGGGAGGGUGAGGAGCCGAGUACGAAGGGUGUGUUGUACUAG